GGCACCGCCGAACGAAACUUGCGUCUUUCCUUCAACAUCACCAACCAACGAAAUCUCUAAUCCUCGCUUCGACGAACCAUCAACUAUACAGCUCUCCUAUUCUCUAGACGAAACUGCCCAUCAUGUCCAAUCGACAACUCGCCCGCGACAUGCAAGUCGAAUUCCAGGCCCGCUUCCAAGCCAAGCAGGCCCGCCGCGAAGCAACAAAGGCCGCGAAGCAGGACCCGAUCCUCAAGAAGCAGAUCCAGGACCUCCUGAAAAAGGGCGAGACGCAAAAGGCAUAUCAAAAGGCCAAGAUGCUGCUCUCCAAGCAGGCCCUCGCGCAGCAGAUGGACCAGAUGGCCGACAUGGCCGAGCUGUCUGCAGCGCAGAUCCAGGCCAACAACGCCAUGAACCGCAUGACGCACAUGAUGGCCUCAUCGUCCAAGGUCAUGAACGUCGCCCAGCGCAACACGAACCCCGAAAAGACCCUCACAACGCUCGAGCAGUUCAAGCAACAGAACGAAGAGUACGCCAUGUCCAACGGCAUCUACCAGGACGCCAUCACACAGUCUACCUCGACCCAGGUCGGCGAGGAUGCUGUCCACGAGCUGCUUGGAAAGCUUGCUGAUGAUGCGGGCAUCGAGCUCACUCAGGAGCUUAACCAGGCGACUCCGUCUGCUGUCGAGCCGCAGACUAGCGAGCCGUCGGCUGAGGAGGAGGACAAGCUGCAGCAGAGACUCCGUGCUCUUCGCGCAUAAAGACUCCCACUAGGUUGUGGUGAUGGGCGCAAACGAGUUUACAUAUAAGAGAUUGGGUUGUUAUGACUUUUUAACUCCAUUGUUCGGCGUUCGGAUGGGCUGUUUUUCAUUACUCUUUCCUCUGAUUGGUUUACAGCGGCUGGUUGAAGUGGCACUACCUUCUUGCAUGACCACGCGAUACACAUCAAUGUUGAUAUCAAGUAGACUGGUUAUACACAGAAUACAUACAAAAUACUUGAAACUUAUAUAUUGUCCU